UUUCGCCGAGUGCGACUGAAGUCAGAUGCGCACCGCCGCUCCCGUGGGAAGAUAUUUUAUCCUGUUUAAUGACGAAUGAUUAAUAUUUUAAGGAGUUGAUAUGGCACGUGAGAUAUUUAAGGCUUAAAAUAGGAUAUUGAACGCCUUUAGACUGGAUUAUGGCUGUACAGUGGACUGUGAAGGAGAUGAUGAAGAAAUCAAUGGAUCAGCAAACUGUAUCCAAGAGAUGCAUAUGAUCAACAGCAGAUGUUUUUCAUGAGAAAACAGCUGGAAGCUGUUCAAUGACGAAUCUGAACUGCUUCGGGCGUCACCGCAGACGAACAGCUCCGCAGAGCGCCGACAGCAGAAACGAGCUGUUCUCUCCGCCGCUUCACUCCAGGAUCAACGGCUGGUCUCUGCCUCUGCACGGCUUCCAGCUCGUCGCGUGGCUCGUCUACAGCUUCAUGGCCAUCGUUGGCUUCGGCAUCUACGUGCCUCUUCUGCCGGCGCCGUGGAGCUUUGCAGCGUACGCCGUGAUCGGCAUGGCGUUUGUUCUUCAUCUGGUGACUCACGUGGCGGCGGUGACCAUCGACCCCGCGGAUCUGAGCGUUCGGAGGAGGAAGGAUUACUCCAGCCCCAUGCCUGUGUUUGACAACACCCACUACAGGGGAAAAAGAUCAUAGCUGAAGAAACAUUAGAAUUCAAAUUUGCUUCCUGCGCAUCACUUUAUAAAAACAUUAUUACAUUGUCCUCUCUUCUCUGUUCACAGCGGACCUAAAGCCAAACACUGCAGCACCUGCAACAAAUGCAUCGCAGACUUCGACCAUCACUGCAAAUGGCUGAAUAACUGUGUGGGAGGAAGGAACUACUGGUUCUUUUUCAUAAGCAUCUCGUCUGCUGUCAUUGGGAUGAUCCUCCUUGUUCUUGUGGUCUUGUUUGUCUUCAUCGAGCACUAUGUGAACCCUUCUGUCCUGCGCACCGCGCCACAGUUUCAGACUGUGAAAGGCAAUGGCACGUGGCUGGUUUUCCUGCCGGCGGCUCCUUUAGAGACGAGCUCCAUCGGUCUUCUGGCGCUGGCCUUCAUCACCGUGCUGCUGGCUCUGGCUGCUCUCUUACUGCUCUGCCACUUACUGUGCUUCCACGUGUACUUACUGUCUCAGGGCAUCAGCACUUACGAGUACAUCGUCAGGAAGCGUCAGUCUCCGAACCCUAAAGAGAAAGAGCAGGUUCCUCCGGCGCUGCCGUCUAACACAGCCACCGCACAGAGUCUCGGGCCGCUGGAGUCCCCUGUGAACUGUGACGCACCGCUCUCCAGCAGGUCUUGUACUUUUAAACUGGAAGACAGAGGACAAACAUCGGGUCGACUGCCAGAACCCAUCUGUGCUGAGUUGGAGGAAGUGAAUGGAUCACCAGCGCAGAUGAUCGCAGGUGAGCCUGUGAUGUCACUUCCUGUGGGCUGGAACCUCAGCGGGAUGGAGAAGCCUCAAGCCCCGGGACGAAGCGUGGAGAAGCCUGCGGAGGGAAGGCCGAUCGUCCAGGACCCGCUGGGGAGCUCCAUCAUGGACGCAGCCGUGGUUCAUCAGCAGCUGAUGACGGAGGCGCAGACGCAGUAUUUAGGGUUCAAAGAGCAGACGCCAUGAGUCAAAACUCUCAAACUGAUGCACACAGAAAGAUCUGCCUAAAACCUGAUUGACCGACUUCAGUAAGGAUGUAUAUAUA